CGCCAAAAAUAUAUAAUAUUUCAUACAAUUAAAAAAAGUUCCCCAAUUGUUCCAAACAUACACUAGUUGGUUAUGGGGUGUUCAUCCUUGACAGGGUACUUGGUAGUGUCAUGGUCAUGGAUCUAUUUAGUUUAGUGUAUUAGUAUGAGAUAUAUAACUAUUGCUUCGUGCAAAUCAUUCGUGACGAGAGAUUAAUUGGUUAUUAUUAUUGGGUGGUAAAGAUAUCUCUGUAAAACACCCACAAAAAGAACAAGUACAAAUGUGAAUAUAGUCUUCGAGGGCAAACAAUUUGGGUUCUCAGUUUUAAUGUGGCAAUUUCAUCAGCAAUAUCAGGAGUGGAUUAGUUUGCUGGUUGACACCGUGAUGCAUUUGUCUGUCACACAAGCAAAUUAUUUUCGAUGGUGGGACCCCUACUUCAGUUAUUUGCAUGUGGGAUGGCCCAAUUAAUAGUGGAUCCCACUCAACAGGGGGAAUGAUUAUAAGACCAUCUCCAUCCAAUUGUUUAUUGCAAUUGCUUAUUGGGUGGGAUCCUAUGUGGCAAUGACUUUAAACAAUUGCAAGGAUGUGAGACUUAUUUCUUAUUUAGCAAGAUUGCUAAAUAAGCAAUCCCUCUUGCAAUGCCACAUAGACAAUUGGACCCACACAUUUAUGCACUCAAAAUCUUUCUUUUUUUUUUCUUUCUUUCUUUUCUACUCACUUUGAACACACAAAUUGUUAAACUUAAUAUUCUUGUGCUUAUGAUUUGUUUAAGUUGUUAAUAAAUUAUAAAUCAUAAAUUAUAUUUUAAUUAUAUUGAACAUGAAAAUUUAUUAUAAAGAUGUAUAGUCAAUGAUGAAGAUCAUGCACAAAACUUAAUGAUGAACAUCACGAGUAAUUUAGUAUUUUUUUUAAUUUCAAUUUCAAUUAUUGUAUUUUGUUUUGUCUUUUUGCAUUUCUUUAUGUAAUUUUUCUUUAUUUCUUUUUGGUGUAUGCUAUAUAUUAUGUUUAUUGAAUUUUCAAAAGUCUAUUAUCUAUUAUGUAAAAGUAUUGUUAAAGUAAAAAAUAUGUACUUGGUCCCAUCAAUUGCAAUUGCUAACCUAUUGCAGGGAUGUAGGUGGUUUGAAAUGGUUGAAGUGAAUAAUUGCUAAAGUUGCUAAUGUGGCUGUAGGGUCCACUUAUGAAAUUCCUAUCCUAUUGCAGCGAUGGAGAUGGUCUAAUGAACCAAUGUGGGAUGAUUCUUUUGGCGAAAGGGGUGCAAUUUGCUGAUAUUGAUGAUCCUAUGGUGGUCGAGCUCCUCGUUCUUCGGGAGGCCAUUCUCUGGUGUAUGGAGAAUGGGCUUUAUGGAGACGAGGUUGGAAGGGGAUGCCAAAGUGAUCAUUGAUAAAGUAAAUCAGGUUGGAAGUCGUGUGCUAUUUGGCUAUCCACACUGGCUUAAUGUUCGAUUUGUAGGUCGGAGUAGUAAUAUGGUAGCCCAUUGGUGGCUAGAAAGCAUGGUACAGGAAACCGUGCCGUGCCGGCCGGUCGAACCGGAUAUACCGGAAACCGGAGUCUGGCCGAAACGGUAGUCACAGUGCCCAAAAUACCACACCGGUCGGUUUUUGUUGUCAAACCGUCAAACCGCGAAAUAUCGGCCGGUAUUGGUCUGACCGGUCAGUGAAGCAUAUUGAAAAAAAAUUAGCCAGUUUCGAAACGCCGCGGUAUGGUCCUUGGCUCUCAGGGGCCUGAUUCGAUUUCUUGGAGACAGGGACGAGUAAAUCAAUAGAGGAACAAGGAGGAAGGAGAUGAAGCGACGAAGAAAGAGGAGACGAAAAUAGAUCGACGCUUUUAUGGUCGGUUUGGUGGUUAUGGUUCUAUUUCUCAUCGACGAUGUAAGUUGGCGGAGUAAAUCGAGGGAAGAGACAGAACGGGAGGAGUAAAUCGAGCAAGGAAGGAGAAGGAGAAGAAGGUUCUAUUCUUCCUCCGUCGUUUUUGUUAAAGAUGCACAAAAAAAGGGAUAAAAGAUGGAAGGUUGGGACUUGGUCUGAGCUUUUGUUUCUGGGUAUUUUUUUUUCUUGCAGAAUGAGAGAGGAAGAAGAGAACGAGGUGAAGACUGAAGAGGCAGCUAGGUUCCUUGCUCACCCUCUCACUAUCAUCAACAGUAUAAUUUAUAGCUGAAAAGUAAAACUGCAACCCCCAUUCAAAAUUUCCUGCCCUUAGAGUGAUUUUAGGAAGCUGAUGUGGCAGAGUGUUAAGCGGGAAAAAAAGAGUCCCGCCUGAUUUCAGAACCAAAAAACUCUCCACUACCCACUUUUUUCUCCUUCCAGGCCCACGUUCUCAUUUAAUUUGUAUAAAAAACUCUCCACUACCCACUUUUUUCUCCUUCCAGGCCCACGUUCUCAUUUAAUUUGUAUUUUUUAUUUCCGAUUUCCCUUCCUUCCACUCUUUCACCUCAUUCGAAUAAGUUUCUUGGCCUUCAGAAAACCAAACCUUGACUCAAUCAUCUGGUUCUUUUAUGUGCUUGCAUCUACCUUUGAUUUCCGUUCUCUAAGCGUUAGAUCGGUAUUGGUUUUGCCGUAAGUUAUUCAUCCUCUUUCAUAUUUCUGUUUGUUGUUGUCGCUGCUUUUAAGUUUUAGGGAUUCGGGUUCUGGGUUUCUUUUUCCAGGGAUUCGGUUGCAAAGAUUCAUCUCCCUUACCUUUGGUUCAUUCCGUUUUCUUUAUUCUCUCUUACCUUCCUCGCUUCAUUCUGUUGAUUGGAUUCUCUAGAGAUCAAAAGGGGAUUUUUUAUUUUUCCCUUUCUCUUGAAAGUAACAAAGCUGCUUACUUUAAAUUCCACUUCGCUUAGACUGUCUUCCAGAGAGCAACCGACUGCCGAUUUUGAGCUGAGUUUUUCCGAGCCGCAGAGAAAGAAGAGGAAAGAAAGAGACGUUCGGCGGCGGCAGCCAGGUACUUCGUCCGGGUCGUUUUCCGGGUCAGUAAACCGAAGGGCCGGCUAUAAACUACCGCUGGCCUGGCGGGGGAAAAGGAAAGCGUAAACCAUAAGGCCUCGGGGAUCCAUUUCUCUCGCCAGCCCAUACUUCAGAGGCCCAGCCUACUUGAGUUCAGAACCAGCCCAUCGCCGACGAAAUUUGGCGCGCCGUCCCCCACCCGCCACCACGUAUGAGACAUAAUCAAUUUACUUUCUGAUGUUAACUCUGUUGCAGGUAAAUGUCGAAAUCCAACUUGAUCAGUAAGGUUUUCUCUCAUAUGUUUCUAGGUUAAUUAAUCUAAUGGGACUGGCUAUGAUCUGAUAAUGUACUUUCAGCUCUAAUCACUAAAGAAGUAUAAAGUAGGCGGUAUUGA